AUGAAGGACCUGCAACUCAAAAUUAAUUUACUGCUUGGUCUAGUUACUACUGCUCUACUACAAGCUGUAGGAAGAAAAGCAGACUGCCCGGAAUCAUGUAUAUGUGAAAUCAGACCAUGGUUCACCCCCAGGUCUGUCUACCUGGAAGCUCCAACAGUGGACUGUAAUGAUUUAGGCCUUUUUAACUUUCCAGCCACACUGCCUGCUGACACACAAGUUCUACUUCUACAAACUAAUAAUAUUGCAAAAAUUGAGCAUUCAGUAGACUUCCCAGUGAAUUUAACUGGUCUAGAUUUAUCUCAGAACAAUUUAUCCUCAGUGACAAGUAUUACUCUUAGAAAGAUACCACAGUUGCUUUCAGUGUACCUUGAAGAAAACAAACUUACUGAACUCCCUGAAGAAUGUCUCUCUGGACUCAACAAUUUGCAAGAGCUUUAUAUUAAUCAUAAUCUGCUUUCUGUGAUUGCACCAGGAGCUUUCAUAGGCCUCAAUAAUCUUCUCAGACUUCAUCUCAAUUCAAAUGGUCUGCAAGUGAUCAACAGAAAGUGGUUUGAAGCUACUCCUAAUCUUGAAAUUCUCAUGAUUGGAGAAAACCCAAUAAUCAGAAUUGAAGACAUGAACUUCAAGCCUCUUAGCAAUCUGCGCAGCCUAGUUUUAGCAGGUAUAAAUCUCACUGAAAUACCAGAUAAUGCUUUGGCUGGCCUUGACAACUUAGAAAGCAUUUCCUUUUAUGACAACAGAUUUGUUAGAGUGCCCCACAUCGCUCUUCAAAAGGCUACAAAUCUUAAAUUUCUGGAUCUAAAUAAGAAUCCCAUUAACAGAAUACGACGAGGAGAUUUUAGCAAUAUGCUGCACCUAAAAGAGUUAGGAAUUAAUAACAUGCCAGAACUGAUUUCUAUAGAUAGUCUUGCUGUUGAUAAUUUGCCAGACUUAAGAAAAAUAGAAGCAACCAAUAACCCCAGAUUAUCAUACAUUCACCCCAAUGCAUUCUACAGACUUCCCAAGCUGGAAUCGCUCAUGCUCAACAGCAAUGCGCUGAGUGCCCUUUACCGCAGUACGGUGGAAUCCCUGCCUAACCUCAAAGAAGUCAGCAUACACAGCAAUCCCAUUAGGUGUGAUUGUGUCAUCCGCUGGAUUAACAUGAAUAAAACAAACAUUCGUUUCAUGGAGCCGGAGUCCCUGUUUUGUGUAGACCCUCCUGAAUUCCAAGGUCAGAAUGUGAGACAGAUACACUUUCGGGAAAUGAUGGAAAUCUGUCUUCCCCUGAUAGCUCCUGAAAGUUUUCCAUCUACACUGGAUUUAAAAGCUGGCAGCCAUAUUUCUUUGCACUGCAGAGCAACAGCAGAACCAGAACCUGAAAUCUACUGGAUAACACCAUCAGGACACAAACUUUUGCCUAACACUAUCUCUGAUAAGUACUACAUUCAUUCCGAAGGAACGUUAGACAUAAGUGAUGUAACACAAAGAGAAAGUGGCUUAUACACAUGUAUAGCAACAAAUUUAGUUGGGGCAGACCUAAAGUCAGUCAUGAUUAAAGUGGACGGCUCUUUCCCUCAGGAACACAAUGACUCUUUAAAUAUUAAAAUAAAAGACAUAAAAUCUAAUUCUGUUUUAGUUUCAUGGAAAGCAAGUUCUAAAAUUCUGAAGUCCAGUGUUAGAUGGACAGCCUUUCUGAAAGCUGAAGACUCCUGGGCUGCACAGAGUGCUCGAAUACCAUCUGAUAUAAAGGAAUAUAAUCUUACACAUCUUAAUCCAUCAACUGAAUACAAAAUUUGUAUAGACAUUCCCACUAUCUAUUCUCAGAAUAGGAAACAAUGUGUCAAUGUAACCACAAAAGGACUGGACUUGGAAGUGAAAGGCUAUGAAAAGAACAACAUAAUAGGAUUCCUUGCCUGCCUUGGCGCUCUUUUGGGAAUCAUCUCUGUGAUAUAUCUCUACAGCUGCAUCUCUCAAGAUAUGAACUAUGGCAUUGGACACAGCUAUCUAAGGAAUUACCUGAGGAAACAAUCCUUUUCGCUCAAUGAGCUUUAUCCUCCUCUAAUCACUCUUUGGGACAUGGGCAAAGAAAAAAGCACAGCAAUGGAAGUAAAAGCAACUGUAAUAGGUGUACCAACAAAUAUGCCGUAAAUAUGUCAGUAUAUCACCUAACUUCUGAAAUAAAAAGCACAUGACUGUAUUUGUGCUGAA